AUGGAGCCGCGGCGGCGGCGGCCACCGAGGCUGCCGCUCCAUGCGUUCUUCUUGGUUGCCGCUACUUGGCCGCUCGGGAGCUCAGCAGGGGUUGCAAGCUUUGGAGUUGGUGCGGAGAGCAAUGGAGCUUCGUCUAGUUUUAGGAAUUCCAGGAGACUACUGCAGAUUGGAGACAGAAACGAAGAUGGCCUAUUUCAUCUCCCACAUGCACGGACUCUAACGCACAAGAGCAGAUCUCAUAGAAGAGCUCCAAUACCAGCACCAGCACCAGCGUCUGCUCCAGCACCCUCACCAUCCAUGUCACCACCAGAAGGUUCACCAUCUCCAUCACCACAUAGUUCACGAUCAAUGCCACGCCAAUCAACUUCAAAUCGUCAUCCAUCCCUAGCCCCUCCACAUUUGGUUAGGCCUGGGCCUAGGCAAGAUGAAAAUGAUCCUAUAGUUGAUACUCCACCUCAUUCUCGCCAUAAACAUUCCUGGACAACCUAUGGUUUAGUUGCAGCAGGGAUUGCCGUUUUCCUUUUGGUAUCAGCAGCUAGUAUUCUCUGCUUCCGAGCUAAGAAAAUGGGAACUGUGAGGCCAUGGGCGACAGGUCUAAGUGGACAAUUGCAGAAAGCUUUUGUAACUGGUGUACCUUCGCUGAAACGAUCAGAGUUGGAAACGGCAUGCGAGGAUUUCAGCAAUAUAAUUGGCUCUACCUCUACCUGCAUGCUGUACAAGGGAAUUUUAUCUAGUGGAGUUGAAAUUGCAGUGGCCUCAAGCUUGGUAACAUCUGCAAAGGAUUGGUCGAAAGAAAAUGAAUCACAGUACAGGAAAAAGAUCACAAGCUUGUCCAAAGUAAGUCACAAGAAUUUUAUGAACUUGCUUGGCUACUGUGAGGAAGAGCAUCCCUUUACCAGGGUGAUGGUAUUUGAAUAUGCUCCAAAUGGGACACUUUUUGAGCAUCUCCAUGUCCGGGAAGCAGAGAAGCUUGACUGGAUGGCACGGCUCAGGAUAUCCAUGGGCAUUGCUUAUUGUCUUGAGCACAUGCAUCAGCUGAAAACACCAGUUGUGCUGAGGAACUUUGACUCAACUACACUAUACCUUACUGAUGACUUCGCUGCAAAAGUCUCAGAUCUUGAAUUUUGGAAUGAUGCAGAGGGACAUAAUUCUACCAACAAUGAACUGGCUUUCUCCCCAGACCCUGAGAACAUUGUGCGCAAGUACGGCAUGGUGUUGCUGGAGAUAUUGACCGGAAGAGUUCCUUGUUCUGAGGAUGAUGGACCACUGGAAAACUGGGCGUCUCCCUAUUUUGAAGGUGAGAUGCGUCUUGAGGAGCUGAUUGACUCUAGCAUCGGUUUCUUCCCCGAAGACACUGCACGUGCCCUUUGUGAGGUUGUAAGAUCCUGCAUUGAUCGGGAUCCAAAGAAGAGACCACAGAUGAAAGAGGUUGCAGCUCGGAUGAGAGAGAUCACCGCGUUGGGGCCUGAUGGGGUGACUCCGAAGGUGUCACCGCUCUGGUGGGCUGAGCUUGAGAUCAUGUCUUCUGAGAGCUGA